AUGUGUUGUAUUGGGACUAUCGGGGCCAGCUCGGGCGCUAAGAUCGCCAAGACCAAGCUCGCAGACGCUGUGACGGUGACCUUGGGGCAGUUGCCACAAAGCCCCAGUCAGAUUGGCAUCCGCUCUGCCCUGAAAGCCUCUCAAAAGAAAGGCCUCUGGGAGUUGGCGCUCAUCAGUCUGCAGUGCCUCCUGGAAGCGGCCUGCGAAGUGGACCAUGUCAGCUAUGGCAUCGUCAUGAAGGCUUGCGCUGUCGCUGCCUACUGGGAAGCUACUCUGCAACUUCUUUGUGAGUUGAGUUCGCGAAAGUUGCAGAGCAACAACAUCAUCUACAGCACCUGCAUCUCCUCUUUUGAAGCCACCGCUUCCUGGAAAGCUGGCUUGUCGCUGUUUUCCCACAUGCGCUGCGGCGGAUUGAUGCCAGACGCCAUCUGCUCCAACGUGCUCCUCAGCGUGUGUCGAACAUCUUGGGGACGUGCCUUUCAUCUGUUGAGCUCCGCAUUUGCCCCGACGAUGCUGCCGGAUUUGUUCUCGUACAGCGCCACUAUGACUUCAUUGCCUUGGCAUCGAUCAGUCGAGUUGCUUUGUCACUUGCCGCUUUGGGGGAUGAGACCCGAUGUGGUUUGCUUUUCGUCCGCUCUUUCCGGCGACGAGGCUCUUCCCUGGCAGCAGGCCGGCAGGGUUCUCUGGCUGAUGUCUUCCCAGCGUGUGGUGGCCAACAAGGUUUGCGGAAAUUCGGCCAUGAAAGCCUUGGGCCGGCAGUGGGUGCUUGCCCUUGAGAUGUUCCGAGUCUGGCACAGGCGUCCUCUGAAGCUGUCAAGCUUGAUUUCAGAGCUUCACGGUGAAUGGGCCCGCUGUCUUCAGUUGCUGGUUGAGGCACGAGAAUACAAAGAUGUGUUCAGCAUGGGCGCGGCCAUGAUGGAGUUGCAAACGCAGCAACAAUGGCACUUGGCCCUCGGCCUGGUUCAGCAGGCAGUGCUUCACAACUUGCAGCCUGACAGCUACGUUCAAAGCCUGUCUAUGACCGCACCUAUUGCACACGGGAUGUGGGAGGUUGGAAUCGACUGCCUUGCACGGCAAGCUCGCCCCUUCAGAAUGGUGGACGAGAGCCGCGUGUUCAGUGCACUUCUUGUUGCAUGUGGCGAACACCUUGCCUGGCAAGCCGCUGUGGCCCUUUUGGACGAGGUCAAGCAACGGCGACUCAACGAGGCUGCGUACUGCGCAGGCAUUGCCGUUCUCGCUCGGGUGUCCUGGCCUCGGGCUUUGCAGCUUCUUCGUGACAUGGAGGAGGACAUGGUAGGCGCAGAUGCGGCUUGCUUCAAUGCUGCCAUCAGUGCCUGUGAGGCGUCGGCGAGCACCUCGUCGAACAGCUCGGUCCUGAAACUUCUGAGCGACAUGAGCGCCAAGCGGCUGCAGCGCGACGUGAUAGGCUGCAGCGCAGCAAUGAGCACCCUUUCAAGAGCAAGCCUGUGGGAGCAGAGCCUUGGCGUCCUGGAACUUAUUGCGCAGGACAGCAUUCAAAGCAACUCCAUCGCUUGGAACGCGUUGCUCGCAUCCUUCGCAUCCAACUUCGCAUGGGGAUUAGGGGAGUCAGCCUGGCAAAGGGCACUGCAAUGCUUAAAUCAAAUGGAGAAUGCGGGAGUGCCGAUUACCGAUGUCAGCAUCAGUACGGCCAUCGGCGCGUGCGAAAACUCAUUGCAGCAUGAGCAAGGGCUUGCACUACUUUGGCAGGCUGAGGACGCCGGCAUCUUCCUUCCGAUCUCUUCAUUUCUGGUGGCCCUUAGCAGGAUCGCGGUGGAGGACGCUGAGGUGAUCCACGCUGCCGUGACGGAGGCUGCACGUUGCCUGUGCCUGGGCACUCCGGAAACGCGCUUGCCAUUGUGGCGUCUCUGGCGCUCGAUGGCUCUGCUGGGGGCGCUGAGCGAGCACUUCCAGCACCGACUGCGCGAGCAGACCUUGCGAGAGGCGCAGAGCUAUGGCACUGCUGAGCUUCUGGAAGUGGCAUGGGGCGCUGCAGCCUUCGCAUCGCGCUCGAACCAUCGGAUGUUGUGCGAGAUACAGCAGCUGUGGCUGGAGGCCCAGGUGCCAAAGCCUGAACUGGAACCUCGCGAGAUGCAAGAUAUCUUGGGCAUCCUGCGUGCCUCCAGCUUGCGGGGCGCCUUAUCUGCACAGGUUCUUGCUGCUGCAACCACAACACUGCGUCAUGCCGGACGUGAGCGUGAUCGCGUUCUGGGCGCGUGGACUGGGCGGGCGGCAGGUCUUCAGGCAAUGGAGGAGUCUGAGAUGUACCCAGUGGUGGAGCUGGAGCUUCCGGAGAGCCUAAUUGUCUCGAAGCCGGUGGACUGGGAGGUCUACGAUGGAAGCACCGGGCAUCAGCUGUCGGAGUUCCUCCAGCAGGUGCUCUCCUAUGAUGCGCCCAUCUUGUCGGAUGCAGACUUUGGCUGCGGUUUCCUUCACCGUCUGGAUGUGCCGAGCUCUGGACUUCUCCUGUUGGCGAAAGGCUACGAGGCCUUCUUGGACCUCUCUGUGCAGCUCUCCUCCAAUCGGCUUCUCAGAGACUACCUGGGACUGAGCCACGGCUGGCAGCGGUCCCGGGACAUCCAGGCCCAGCUGUACUGGAGGACAGCGCCGCUGACACGAGCCGGCGGCCGUGGGAAGCCGUCAUGGACAAAGGUCAAGUGCAUGCAGCAUGGAUCGGUGAUGCACACAUCGGUCAGCGUGCUGGCGAUUGAAAUCGUUACGGGUCGACAACAUCAGAUACGCAGCCACAGUGCGCAUAUCGGUCAUCCGCUCCUGAGAGAUGGAAAGUACUCCAGCACAGCGACCUACACUGCCGAUAUGGCCAUCUCGCCUCACAACUGCUUGCAUCGGUACCGUCUGGUGUUCUAUGACCUUGGAGGGAGGCGGCGGGAGGUUACGUCUCCACCAAAUUCAGAGCUUGCGUCCGUUCUGGAGCAGCUGGUGUCCAAGGCGCUCAGCAAGUUGGGCAUUGAUGUGAGUUGGGCAAAGCACGUGACACAAGCACCCGUCAGUCAGACUCAGUAA